AUGCCCUUUGUGCCCUGUGCGGCGUCACCUCAUCAUGCCCUUCCUGUGGCUUGUGCCUUGAUCUUCUCCUGGCUGCUGCUCCUGGUGCAUGCUGCUUUUGGGCAGAAACCUGCCAAGCUUCCCCUGGUGGGCCGCAAGCCCUUUCUGGCUGCAUGGAAUGCCCCCUUGGACAUGUGCACCCUCAAGUACAAUGUCAACUUCAGUCUGGACAUGUUUCACAUCAGCGGCAGUCCAAGGGCUGUGCACACAGGCCAGAACGUCACCAUCUUCUAUGCCAAUCGCCUGGGCCACUACCCAUUCUAUACGGAGCAGGGCGUACCCAUUAACGGGGGCCUUCCACAGAACUGCAGCCUAGAAGCACACCUCCACAAAGCACGGCGUGACAUUGACCAUUUCAUCCCUGGAGAAGACUUCAACGGCUUGGCCGUCAUCGACUGGGAAUACUGGAGGCCCCAGUGGAGUCGCAACUGGCACAAGAAAGACAUUUACCGGCGCCGUUCACGUGAGCUGGUCUCACAAGCCUACGUCAAUGUGACGGAGGAACAGGUGGAGGAGUUGGCGCGCCAACGGUUUGAGAGGAGCGCUAUGGCAUUCAUGCAGGGCACGCUGCAGCUGGGCACACAGACCCGCCCCAACGGCCUCUGGGGCUUCUACCUUUAUCCUGACUGCCACAACUACAAUAUCCAUACACACAACUACAGUGGUUCCUGCCCCCUGCUGGAGAGUCUACGUAAUGACCAGCUGCUUUGGCUGUGGAACAGCAGCACGGCUCUCUUCCCAGCCCUGGCCGUUCGCAAAGGUCACGCAGACAGCAUACGCAACCUUCACUUUUCCCAGAACAGGAUACGGGAGUCUCUCCGAUUGGCCUCGCUGACCUCUCUGCCCUAUGACCUUCCCACAUACGUCUACACACGUCUAGGAUACCGUGAUGAGGCCAUGGCCUUUCUUACAGCAAAGGACCUGGUACACACUAUAGGGGAAAGUGCUGCUUUAGGUGCUGCUGGAUUUGUGAUAUGGGGAGACCUUAACCUUACCUCUUCUAGACACAACUGUUCCAAAGUGAAGGCCUUUUUGAACCACAGACUGGGUCAGUACAUCAUCAACGUGACCCGAGCAGCAGAGGUGUGCAGCGAUUUCCUCUGCCAGUCUAAUGGUCGCUGUGUCCGUAAAGACCCUGAGGCUCCACACUACCUCCAUCUCAGUCGGCCCAGCUAUCGUAUCCUGUCCAACCGAAACGGCACCUUCACUGUCACCGGGUGUCACUCCCAACAGGAGCUAGAGCAGCUCAGUGACAGAUUCCACUGCCACUGUUACCAAGGAUACGCAGGCCAACACUGUGACAGCCUGGAGAGGCCUGAGGAAGAGGAGGAUAAGAAGCAGGAGGAGGAAAAAGGAGGAGAGAAGGAAGUUGAAAGCUCUGCUGCACAGUCUGGGAGCAAGCUGGUUCUCCUUUUGCUUCUCCUCACUCUCUCCUUUUGUUACGUUUGA